AGAUCAGCGGUGAAACUGAGCAGAGCCACAGAUGAGAGGCGUCUGCGAGAGCCAAACUACUGAUUUAACGCUCAUCCGCGCCCCUGCUGCCGUCCUGCUACACAGAAAUAUGAAAACAUGGUAGUAAAAACCAGAAAACCAAGUGCCAAGGAGCAGAGCAGCGAGAAAGACAGGAGUCAAUCCGUGUCGGGGAAAUGCAGGCGCGGAAAAGAUGGGAAAGGCUCGGCUUUUCAGAGUAAAAACGGACUCUUUGCUGGGUUUAUUAGAAACAGACUGGGUUUGAGCCCCUCCGCUUUUGUAAGAGGAAUAACAGUGCUGAUUCUCGCUGUUGUUGCAGGUUUUUUUCAUUGGUAUCAUCUCUCACAUCUGUUUGAAAAUGACAGACAUUUUUCACACAUGUCUACUUUAGAGAAGGAAAUGGCUUUUCGAACAGAGAUGGGACUGUAUUACUCAUAUUUCAAGACAAUCAUCGAGGCUCCGUCCUUUAUGGAUGGUCUUUACAUGAUCAUGAAUGACCGUCUUACUGAAUAUCCGCUGGUCAUCAACACCCUAAAGAGGUUCAACUUGUACCCUGAGGUGGUCUUGGCCAGCUGGUACAGAGCAUACAGCAGCACAAUGAACUUCUUUGGGUUCCCCACCAAGUUAUGUUGGACCAUCAACAGAGGAGAGGGUCUGGAUCCAGUGGAGAGUUGUGAAGGUCUGGGAGAUCCUGCAUACUUCUAUGUCGCUUUUGUGUUCCUGUUAAAUGGGGCUAUGAUGAGCCUAUUCUUCAUUUAUGGAACAUAUCUGAGUGGAAGUCGAUUGGGCGGCACUGUGACAGUUCUGUGUUUCUUCUUUAACCACGGAGAGAGCACUCGGGUCAUGUGGACGCCACCUUUAAGAGAGAGCUUCUCUUACCCCUUUCUGGUUCUUCAGAUGCUUCUGCUCACAUACAUCCUUCGGACAAAGAACCCAAGUAAGAAUACCAUGAUGGCUCUGGGGAUCUCCAAUGUUUUCUUUAUGUUGCCCUGGCAGUUUGCUCAGUUUGUCUUACUUACUCAGGUUGCUUCCCUUUUUGCUUCAUAUAUCCUGGGAUAUCUGAGUCCAGCAAAAAUGCAGUCCAUUUUAGUGACACACAUGGUCUCCCUGGCUGUCUGCUUUCUUCUGAUGUUCGGGAACUCGAUGCUUCUGACGUCUUUCUACGCCUCUUCGUUGGUAUCCAUUUGGGGGGUUAUUGCACUCAGGGACCGUCUGGUUGGUACAUUCAGACCUGGCCUCAUCACGUGGGUCACGCAGUGCUUUGCAUGGGUGGUUUCCACUGUUAUUCUGAAGUUCAUGCUGUCUGUGAUCUUUGGAGCGUCAGAUGAUGCCCACAUUAGCAGUCUGAUCAAAUCCAAGUUCACAAGCUACAAAGACUUCGACACGAUGAUGUACACAUGUGCGGCCGAAUUUGACUUCAUCGAAGCAGAUACUCCUAUCCGGUACAUCAAGACCAUGCUGCUUCCAAUUAAUGUGCUGAUAGUGGCUUUUAUUGCUGGAAGGACCAUACAGGACGUCAUUGUGUUCCUCAGAAAUGAGAAGCAAGAAAAGUCAGAGGAUGAUGAAACGGAGCAGUCCCAUCUUUUGGCGAAGGGAGUGCUGGUUUACCACAGUCUGCAGCUGGUGGCGUUUGCAGUGUUGGCUGUGCUCAUCAUGAGACUGAAGCUCUUCCUCACUCCUCACAUGUGCAUCAUGUCCUGCUUGAUCUGCUCCAGACAGCUGUUUGGCUGGAUUGGUGAGAAGCUCAAACUCCAGAUGACUGUCGUGGGAAUAUUGUGCAUCAUGGCAGCGCAAGGAGUGGUGAAUCUGCAGAGUCAAUGGAGCAUCAUUGGAGAAUUCAGCAACUACCCUCAAGAAGAGCUCCUGGAGUGGAUCAAGGACAGCACCAGCCCUACUGCUGUGUUUGCUGGCGCGAUGCCCACUAUGGCGAGUGUGAAACUGUCCACAGGGAGAGCCAUAGUGAAUCACCCACACUAUGAAGAUGCAGGAUUGAGAGCGAGAACAAAGAUGGUGUACGCCAUGUACAGUCGAAAGCCUGCUGAAGAAGUUAAGCGAAACUUAAUAAAGCUGCAGGCCGACUAUUUCAUCUUGGAGGACUCGUGGUGCACCAGACGCUCCAAGCCAGGCUGCAGUAUGCCUGAGAUCUGGGACGUGGAGGAUGCAGAAAACGCUGGAAAAGUGCCGCUCUGCACACUCAUGUCAAGGGAUUCUCGUCCUCACUUCUCCACAGUCUUUCACAACAACAUUUACAAAGUGCUUCGAGUUCCCAAAACAGCGAGAGACGUGAGAUAACAGCAGUUUGCCUCCGCUUUUCUUUAUAG